AUAGAUUAACAAGUUUUGUCAAACCCUCUGGGGGGCGAGCGAGUAAAUUUAAUUUUGUCGUUCAGCCCUGAAUCGUUAUCCAGGAGCACUAGUUGAAUUUAAUGUUUCCAGCGUUCCCAAUAUAUGAAAUACUGAUAAUUACUCAACAUCAAUUUUAUUUCCUACCGAUGAAUUCCACAUCUACUUAACGUACUCCGUGCAAAUCCCCGCUCCUCAGAAACCCUAGAAUUUAUCGGCAAAGGGUCAUCAUCUCCGUUUGUCUGUCCGCCUGGUUUCAGUUUUGACCUUUCCAGAUUCAUUUUAUCAUCUUCUUGAUCUUAUUCAUUUUUGUUUGUUUUUUUGUAGUGAAUUUAUUUUCGCACAAAGUUUCGUUGUUAAGGAUGGGGGUUUUAUUACAUCAUGUAAACUCUUUACGAGGGGUUUGCGUUUUUUAACAGGAAAAUUUUGGGUUUCUGUAAAUUUGGAAAAUAUAAACUCUAGUGUAGUUCGCUUUUUCGGUAAAGCUUCCGGCCGUUGUUUAGUUCGGUUGGACAUGGACAAAUUUAACCGUCCAGGUGGUCUCGAAGACGCUCAUAAUAAUCAAGAUCUCAAGCAAGUUGAUUCAAAUCCACAAGGAAAUGCUCUAUUUGACGCAUCACAGUAUGCGUUCUUUGGUAAUGAUGUAGUUGAAGAAGUUGAAUUGGGGGGUUUAGAAGAUGAAGAGGAAGAUGAUGAUCCUCUCCCACCUGGUUUUGACAGAAACGAAUAUCUGUCGGAGCAAGAAGAGGUUGAAAUGCUAACAACAUAUUCUGAUGUUGACGAUCUUAGUAGCACAUUUUCAAAGUUGAACAGAGCUGUUGGAAGGCCAGUAACAGCGGCAUUUUUUGGAGGUAGAGAAUCUAGAGAAAGCUCAUCUGCUGCUGAUUAUGUCCAAGAAGUAGAUUUUCCGGAUUGGUAUGAUCAGCGUGGCUUUGGUGCUGAACGCAAUGAAGACAACAAAAGAGGGUUGUCACAACAUCAUCCUUAUAACUCAUCUUCAUCUCAGCCUUUGUAUAGAGCACUGUCAUAUCCUGACCAAGAACAGCAGCAUCCACGACACCAUCACUACUCCAGUGAUGCAAUCCUGAUCCCGAACACAUCAGUUCCUCCUCCUCCUGGUCCUCACCUGCUUCAAGCUUCUCCAAACAACAACUCCAGUACUGCAUACCGGCCUGGCUCACACCCAAUCCCAGUUUCUUCACCUAAUUUUUCUCAAUUUUCUACUAGCCCUCAGAAUCAGAUGAAUGCCAUCAUGCAUCAUGUAUCACAAUAUGGUGGAGGAAUCCUACCCCCCCAACAGAUUAACACUCAUAUUCAAAACCAACAGCUGAACCAAUUACCACCGCCUCAUCUAAAUGGCAUGUUGCCUCAGAUGCGCCACCCCCACCGCCCUCUCCUGUCACCCUUUGGCACUUCGGCAUUGCAGUCGCAACGGUUCAAUUACCAUCAGCAGCAGCAACAACCUCAGAUGAAUACUUUUGAAUUUGCUAAUUUCAAAGAUCAAAGGGCUGCAGAGUCUAUGCUGAGAAGUGGUGGUAGACAUGUUGGUGGCAUGGGCAUGCGUAGUAGUGGCUGGCCAAUAUUCAAGGCCAAGUACAUGUCGACAGAUGAAAUCGAGAAUAUUCUACGGAUCCAGCUUGCGGCCACCCAUAGCAACAACCCGUAUGUAGAUGAUUAUUACCAUCAGGCUUGUUUGGCUAAAAAGUCCGCGGGUGCGAAGUUGAGACACCAUUUCUGCCCAACUAACCUGAGAGAUGGAAGUUCCCAAAACAGGGCUAGUGCUGAGACACAUGCAUUCCUCCAAGUUGACGCGCUCGGUAGGAUGUCCUUUUCAUCAGUCCGCAGGCCGCGACCGCUUCUUGAAGUUGACCCACCGAACUCAUCUCCAACAAAUAGUGAACAGAAAGUGUCUGAAAAGCCCUUGGAGCAGGAACCCAUGCUUGCUGCUAGGGUCACCAUAGAGGACGGGAUUUGUCUACUCCUUGAUGUUGAUGACAUUGACCGCUUCCUACAGUUUAGCCAACUCCCAGACAGAGGGGAGCAGUCGAGCAAAAGAAGGCAAGCACUGUUGGAGGGGUUGGCGUCAUCCCUUCAGCUGGUGGACCCGCUCGGCAAAAACAGCCAGUCAGUUGACAUGUCACCCAAAGAUGAUCUAGUGUUCUUGAGAAUAAUCUCCCUUCCCAAGGGCAAGAAGCUGAUAUCCCGGUACCUUCAGCUUCUCUUUUCCGGCAGUGAACUCGGCAGGGUGGUCUGCAUGGCCAUUUUCCGAAACCUUAGGUUUCUGUUUGGGAGCAUUCCCACUGACCAUGGGGCGGCUGAGGCGACUAAAGACCUUGCGAGGACCGUUUCAUAUUAUGUGAGGGGCAUGGAUCUCAAAGUAGUAUCUGCUUGCCUUGCAUCCGUGGUUUGUUCAGCAGAACAUCCUCCCCUCCGUCCCAUUGGAAGCCCUUCAGGUGAUGGGGCAUCUGUUGUUCUGAAAUCUGUUCUAGAGAGGGCAACUGAGCUUUUGGGGGACCCAAACGUCGACCCAAAGUGUGUAGCACAGAACAAAAUGUUCUGGCAGGCAUCUUUCGAUGCCUUUUUUGGCUUGGUUACAAAGUACUGUUUUAAUAAGUACGACACUGUCAUUCAGUCUUCUCUUGCAGUGGGGGCCGAUGCGGCCAGAGCUAUAGGGAGGGAGAUGCCGGUUGACCUCUUGCGGGCCAGCCUUCCUCACACCAGUGAACAACAAAGGAAGGUGCUGUUGGAUUUUACACAGAGGUCUAUGCCGGUGCCUAGCACCUAGUUGUGGUGGUGGAAAUGGCAGCAGCAUGUUUUGAGGUUUUGGUUACACCCACUUGUUUUGUCCAAACAUGUGAUCAUAAUGGCAAUAAUGGCGUGUCACAGCUCGUUGGCAGUUAAUGUUUUUUUAGAUAGAUCUGAUAUAUGCCACAACUUUUUCAGUACUCUGAUACAAUGGUAUACUAGUUAUGUUGCGAGGUUGGGUAGCUUGUGAUGUGCAUGGCAUGCAUGGUUUUUCAUUUUAAAAAAUUUGGAGCAUAAUUUGGUUAUUUUUUCAUCCUUGUUCUCUGUGGUAGGGUUGAAAAGGGGUAUAAAUCUUAAAGUCGUUAGAUGGUCAUUGGAAGAAAUUUCUACUUUGUAACGUUGAAUGCUAUAUAUAUAUAUAAGAAGUUGUCUUGAUGUUUGAUGCUAGA